AAAUUUGUCGGGAAUGCCGAAUAAGGUGUAUCAUCUGAUAACAUCAUUAUUCUGCCAUUUUUGACUAAUUGUUUGCCUUUUGAUAUUUAACAAUUCUUGCAGCAUAAAUUUCAAUGUUUUUAACAAAGCAGUCAACAGGAUGACCUAUUGGGUGACAUAUUUAGAGGAGUCACCAAGUACUAGAUGCAGAUUCAGGAUUCAAGGUUGCUAAUAGCCAUCUGCUAAAUCUUUUAUUCUUACUGUACUUUCUUUUGAGCUGUACACAAACAAGAAAGCCUCAGUUCAUUAACACAAGAAAGGACAGAAAAAAGGGACAAAAGAUGGGUGAGGAGCAGCAGAGAUUUCAGAUUCCCAGAAUCAAACUGGGAACUCAAGGACUUGAGGUUUCAAAGUUGGGGUUUGGUUGUAUGGGUCUCACUGGAGUUUACAAUGAUCCUGUCCCCGAAGAAGUUGGGAUAUCGAUUAUCAAGCAUGCAUUCCACAGAGGAAUCACUUUCUUUGAUACAUCUGAUUUCUAUGGACCCAAAACUAAUGAAAUUUUGGUUGGAAAGGCAUUGAAGCAACUACCAAGAGAGAAGGUACAAUUAGCCACAAAGUUUGGAAUCGAAAAAAUGGUUUCGGCCGGUGUCACAAUAAACGGUACUCCCGAAUAUGUCCGUGCCUGUAUUGAAGCUAGCCUUAAGCGCCUAGAUGUGGACUAUAUUGAUCUCUACUACCAACACAGGGUUGACACCAACACUCCAAUAGAGGAUACUAUGUCUGAACUGAAGAAGUUGGUGGAAGAGGGGAAAAUAAAGUACAUAGGUUUAUCUGGAGCUUCCCCUGAAACUAUAAAGAGAGCACAUGCAGUACAUCCCAUAACUGCUUUACAGAUAGAGUGGUCGCUAUGGACUCGUGACCUUGAGGAAGAAAUAGUCCCCCUUUGCAGGGAACUUGGAAUUGGCAUUGUUCCAUAUGGCCCUCUUGGUAGCGGUUUCUUUGCAGGUAGAGGAGUAAUGGAAACUAUGCCUGCAAAUAGUUUUCUGCCAACUUUCCCAAGGUUUCAAGAAGAAAACUUGUACAAAAAUAAGAUCAUAUAUUUGAAAGUCGAGAAGUUGGCUAAGAAGCAUGGAUGUAGCCCUGCACAGUUAGCACUUGCCUGGGUUCUUCAUCAAGGGGACGAUGUAGCACCGAUUUCCGGAACAACCAAGAUAAAGAAUCUCGAUAGUAACAGUGAUUCACUAAAAGUAAAGCUCACAGGAGAAGAUUUGAAAGAAAUUUCUAAUGCGGUCCCGAUAAAUGAGGUAGCUGGUGAUUUUUUGCCUGAUAAUUUAAGUCAAUUCCACUGGAAGUUCGGUAAUACACCACCAAAGGGGAGCAAGGUUUCAACUUGAAAUAACCAUGGAUGCAAAGUCUGCAGCAAAAAAUGAGGUUUUGGAUGAAUGGACUCUCUCCAACAACUCAAAGAUUGAAAAUUUGUAUCAAUGGUUUUGCUAUCUGUGAUUGUAGCAAGUAAUUUUCCAAGAUAUAUAGUUUGGAAAUAAAACAGGUUGUUUUUCACCUGAAUACUGCUGUUUCAGCUACUUACAGCAGUAUUAUUGUAGCAGGUUGCUACACCUGUUUGUCUUGGAGAAAUAAAAAUCAUAAUUUUUUCCAGAAAAUAA